AUGGCUCGGCCGCUAUUCUUGUAUCGAGUGAAACCCACUAGCUGGUGUAUUGUGGUGACGGAGAAUGCUGGCCACUUUUAUUUCAACACAGAUACGAAACAGUCUGUAUGGCAAUUGGAUGAUACAGAUAUCGCAUCAGACACUCUUGUCGCAAAUGUUAAUUUCGAUGAGCUUGGAGUCUUAUUUGCCCGAGCAAAUGGGUUACCCAUCAAACAACUCCUGAAGGGUACAAAGAGUUAUGUGGAAGAAUCAGAAGAAAAGGAUGAGGAAAGGAAGGAACUCGAAAAUAUGGAAGUUGCAUAUGACGACUCAAGCGACAUGAGUGACGACGAAGAGGAAGAUGCAAAUGAACAUGAGAUGUUACAAAAUAUUCUAGCAGAAAGCGGACUUCUACAGGAAGAAAGCCAUGAUACGGACAUGGAGGACGAUUACAGGAAUGAAUCUACAGAAGAAAAACAGCAAACGGGACUUGCGCUUGGUUAUUCUAGUCUGGACGAUUCGGACGACGGUAGCGAAGAACAUGCAUUAGAUUCCGAGAGCGAAUCUUCCAAAAAAGAUAUUCUUGACGAAGGAGAAUCUCUCGAGAAAAAGGAGUCUCCAGAGAAUGAAGUGUCGGAUGAGCAGGAAGAACCUCUGGAAGCUGUUGACGAGGAAGAGUCUAAUAAUGAUCUUGAUCUCUCGUUGACAGACAUAACGUUACUGUCUAAAGUGAUUGAGGAUUUCCGAGCACUUUUGGAGUCGAAUAAAGAUGACAUUUCCGUCUACGACCCAUGGUUUGUGGUUGAGGAAGAGCUUCUACCGAAAUUAGCACAAAAUCCAGUGUACUAUGCCGUGCCAGAACAAUCACGAGAAGAAAUAUUCAACCAGUGGGUCUUGGAAAGAACAAGUACCGAAGAAAAAUCAGCAGGAAUUUUCCCCACUGCGGAAAUGCGUUUCUUCCACUUCCUCCAGCCCUACAAGAGCGAAGUACGCAAGCGGUAUUUUGCGGAAUUUCUCCGUGAUCAUGCCCAAGAAUUGAAAAACUCAGACUUCGGGUCACUCAAUUUGGAAGAUGCAUACAGACGACUUCGAUUGACUUGA